CAUUUCUCUAGUCUGCGUGGGGAGCAGAUGCAUUCUGCUCGGUAGAAAAUCUAUUUAAAAGAAGAGAAAGAUGACACCAGAGCAGGGCUGACACUGACAGGUUGGAGAGGCUCUAAGUAUUUACUGCCAAUCUGAGUUUUGACUCUUCCAGAAAGAGGCAGACAAAGUUUCACAAUGUUUGGAAACACCGGACCUUUCUCAUAUGCCCCGAGGGGUUUCUCCCAGGAGGACCUCCCCCAGCAGAGGAGAGCUUUCCAACAAGACGACCUGAGGGGCGCUCCGCUGCAGAGAAACAACAUGUCCAGACCGAGUGCCAAAUCCAUAUACAAGCAGAGAAAGGAGUACUCUGAUUCGCUGAACAAACAUCCCGACAACUUCCACGUCAGAGUGGAGCACCUGUUCACCUGCGAGCUGGACGGCCAGGAGGUGAAGACGAUGGACGACUGCCUGGCCAAGCUGAAGAGGCUGGAUGGGAAGGGUCGCCUGUGGCCUCAGGAGAUGACCAUGGAGGUUCAGGGUGGAUAUCUGCUGCUGAGUGACAUUGAGACCAAGGCAGAGCUGGAGUCGCUGCCUCUGCUCUCCAUCGAGAAAACCAAAGCGGUGCUGGACAGCUGUGCCUACAACUCCCUGCUGACAGUUACCGUGCAUGAACGAAACAAACGCACCCGCCAGGUCUUCAUGUUCCAGUGUGAGGAGACUGGGGCGGAGCAGGUCAAGAGUGAUCUGGAUAAGGCGAUGCAGAGAGGAGGUGAUGUUGUGGAGCCGCGCAGAGAGAUACCUGACAUCAGGAGUAAUCUUGAGAAUAUAAUCGGGCAACAUGUCCCAGGGAGGCAGGCCGGGCCUCGUCCUGUGCUGCGAGAGAGAACCCCCCCACCACCACCGGACAACCCGCCCCCACAGUGGAGGGAUAGAGAGCCAGUAGAAGAUAUGCAGCCUCCAAGAUCCUACACACCACAGGAACCGAUGAUGCACCAUCCUGAUCUUUAUGAACUACAGAUCAGCCCAGAGCCGGCGGAGCAGAAGGACAUAGAGAGGAGCAUAGACAUUUUGAACCACAUUAUAAAUGACUUGGAGAUCUUCAUGGGCAGAGUGUCUGCUGCAGUAAAUGCAUCUUCUUUACCGCAAGGGGAGAAGAGCAAGAAGAAAAAAAGCUCAUCUAAGAAGAAGAAAUCUAAAAGAAAUGGUGCACCCGAUGCUAGUCUGCCAACCUGGGAGGAAUACGUCUCCUAUCUUCAGAAUGUCAAAUAUGGAUUCAAUCUGCUGGGCGAGCUGGAAGGGAACCUGAGCAGCCCCACGGCUCCUGACUUCGUCCACAUCUUCUUCAACAGUUUAAACUCGAUACUGCCUGAGUACCCUGCAGACCUGCCUCUCACGGUGCUCUCCCCCUUGCUGACGGAGGCGGCCCUGCGGCUGCUCAGUGAGGUGGUGGACCCCGAGGAGGACCGGCUGUGGCGGUCUCUGGGAGACUGCUGGAACUUCCCCAGGUCGAGAUUUCCAAACGAAGAUGUCCAACCUUACAUCCCAGAGUUCUACGAUGGCUGGCAGCCGUCUCCCCUGUCCCGCAGACCCUCCCCCCUCCCUCCGAUGAGCAGGUCCAACAGUCAGCGCUUCCCCCCCAACGCCCCCCGUGAGCCUCCUCUGUACAUGCGGGUCAUUUACGACUUCAUGGCCAGGAACAGCCGAGAGCUGAGCAUCAUGAAGUGGGAAGAUGUUCAGGUGGUUAAGAAAGAGAAGCAGUGGUGGCUUGUCCGUAACUCCCGGGAGGAGGAAGGCUACGUUCCUCAGAAUGUCCUGGAGCCAAUAAAGAGCGACGAGUCUGCUCAAGACCAACCGUGGGACGCUCGCGGGGAUCCGGUGACACUGGACAUGACCUCCACAUCUGCAGAGGUCCAAGCCUGGCUGGAUUACAAAGGAUUCUCCAGAAUCACCGUGAACAGCCUCGGGGUGCUGUCCGGCAAACUGCUCCUGGGGAUGAGCAAGAACGACAUCAGGACUGUGUGUCCAGAGGAGGGGGGGAAGGUCUUCUUCCAGCUCCAGGCCGUUAAGUCAGCCAUUGCACUCGCCAGUGAACCAUCAAGCCCGUUCAUCGGCCGCUACUAAUGACCUGCUUCACUUGGGUUUGAGUUCUCCUGAAUUAACAAAUGGAAUAACUGUCUAAUUAAUCUUUAUGUCAGAAAUGAUUUACCUCUGCAAUUCAGUUAUAUAAGGAAAAGCACCUUUACUGAAUGAAACUUCUAUAUAACUUAUCACCAGCAGCAGUAAUUGUGACUUAAAUCAAAUUUGACUGCAAUUUAUUUGACUAUUAGUUAGCUCAAGUACAUUUUGUAUAGGUUUUCUGACUGUUAUUUACCCCGAAAGCCUGUAUGUGUUCAAUCAAA